CUAGCAUAGGGACAUUGUGGGAAAAAUCAGUUGAUAAAAGGGCUUUCAUCAAACAAAACAAACAAGGAAAAAUGGAGAAAACAGAGAUGGUGAGGUCAAGGUUCAAAAGGGUAUGCGUAUUCUGUGGAAGCAGCACUGGGAAGAGAAACUGCUACAGAGACGCUGCUAUUGAAUUGGCUCAAGAACUGGUCUCGAGGAGGUUGGAUCUUGUUUAUGGCGGAGGAAGUGUUGGGUUAAUGGGUUUGGUUUCUCAGGAAGUUCAUCGUGGCGGUGGACAUGUACUUGGAAUCAUCCCCAAAACUCUGAUGUGCAAAGAGAUAACUGGGGAAACAGUAGGAGAGGUUCGACCCGUAGCCGACAUGCACCAAAGGAAAGCUGAGAUGGCCCGCCAUUCAGAUUGUUUUAUCGCCUUACCAGGUGGCUAUGGAACACUGGAGGAGUUAUUGGAAGUCAUCACAUGGGCCCAGCUUGGAAUCCAUGACAAGCCUGUGGGUUUGCUGAAUGUGGAUGGCUACUACAACUACCUCCUUACAUUCAUCGACAAAGCCGUGGAUGAUGGCUUCAUCAAGCCCUCUCAGCGUCACAUCAUCGUCUCUGCUCCAAACGCAAGAGAACUCGUUCAGAAACUCGAGGAAUACGUGCCUGUGCAUGAUGGGGUUGUGGCUAAAGCUCGGUGGGAGGCCGAACAACUGGAGCUCAAUGCAUCUUUGCAGAUAGACAUCGCUCGCUAGAGAUGACCAUAUUUUCUUUUCCGUGUUUGGUUCCUCAGAAAUCUGAUUUUAAUUACGUGGGGCUUUCUCCUCUGAAUUUUGUAUGCAUUUUGGUUUGAAAAAAAGGAAAGAAGGGGGAAGAAAUUAAAGAAACAAAAAGUAAAACCCCAUGGAAAAUAGGAUAAAUACAAGCUUUUUGAUUUUUUUUUUCUCUGUGAGAUAUUAUGCAUAAUUUUUGUACAAAGUAACCCAAAAACAAACAUGCAGCAAAAGCUAACACAAAAACAGCAGCUUUUUCUUCGUC